AUGCUGACAAGAUUUUUACUGCUGGUAAUAUUUCUAUCUAUCUAUCUAUCUAUCUAUCUAUCUAUCUAUCUAUCUAUCUAUCUAUCUAUCUAUCUAUCUCAGUGUAAUUGUUUAAUUGACCGUCAGUGGGGGAAAUCAGGGGUCGUUGUUUGCCUUCCGAUCACCUCGAUGUCUGUUUCCCGGGUUUAUGGCGUAUUAUUGAGGCGUGGAGAGAAGGGACUCCUUCUACGACGUCGACUCAAAUACAGGACGACAUGCGAAAAGUACAACAACGAUCAUUAUUUCUCGUUGACCCUUCGUCAUUGUUCGUCCAAAUCCAGUGAUUAUGUCAGUAUUGGAGAUGUCAGUAAACCAAUCAUCCAGCCAAAGAACGCUGAAUUAGUUCCUAUUAAAUACAUUCCUGCCAACAAAUCUCAAGCGAUAUUACGACACUUAAGAUGGAUAAUGCAGAAAGAUAUUCUUGGGCAGGACGUGUUUCUGAUUGGUUCUCCUGGUCCAUUACGCAGACAAAUUGCAAUGAUGUACUUGGAAAUGACUAAACGAGAGGUCGAGUACAUUUCCCUUUCACGAGACACCACAGAGUCUGACCUGAAGCAGCGACGAGAAAUUUUGGCUGGUACAGCUCUGUAUGUUGAUCAGUGUGCUGUAGAAGCAGCUGUGAAGGGUCGUGUGUUGGUGCUAGAAGGAAUUGAAAAGGCUGAACGUAAUGUCUUACCUGUAUUAAACAAUCUCUUAGAGAAUCGAGAAAUGCAGUUGGAUGAUGGAAAGUUUCUGGUAGCUGCAUCCAGGUAUGAUCAACUCUUAAAGGAUCAUACCAAAGAAGAACUGGAUGAAUUAAAUCUGGUCCGAGUGAGUGAGAAUUUUCGAGUUAUUGCCCUUGGGUUGCCUGUCCCACGGUACAAAGGCAAUCCUCUUGACCCACCACUGCGUUCUAGAUUUCAGGCUCGAGGAAUACAAGCCCUGCCAUUCAAGGAACAUUUAGAAAUUCUUCAAGAAGCAGGGAGAAAUAUUCCUUCAAACAGACUUUCCCAGAUGCUGUCUUUUGCUUCCACGAUGUUAACAGAUGAGUCUACUAGUCUUGGUCUUCCUGAUUUUCCAAUUGAUAACUUAGUGACGGCUGUAGCAAUCGUUAACAACAAUCCUGACUUGUCUCUGGUGGAUGUUCUUGAACGUGUCUACCCUUACAAAAUGAUGCUCAAUAAAGAAGGAGUUAAAGCUGUAGAAGUUGCUAUGAAAAAAUUUGAAUUACAUACUGGAAAAAAGAGAAAUUUUUCUAUUUCCAAAGUAGAGAAAAAUGGAAACACAGCAGCUGUCUCCUUAAAAUCGGGCUUCAGUAAUUACAACUUGCAGGUUCCAGCUGGUAACUUGGACCCUUUACUGUUGGAAGCAGGCACCAGAUUUGUAAAUACAACCUAUCAUGAUAAUGUCCUUGCGGAAAUGUUUGAGUCACAUGCUGCCAAAGACUUAUGUCUGAUUGGUCCAAAGGGCUGUGGUAAAAGUAUCCUUGUGCAAAAACUGGCCGAUUGUCUUGGAUAUCAUGUCGAACCCAUCCACCUUCAUCAGGAUAUGACAUCACGGGAUUUGCUUCAGCAACGUAUGACGCACCCAAAUGGCGACACAUCCUGGACGCCUUCUCCUUUGGUUAGUGCUGCCUUAAAUGGCAGUUUGGCAGUUUUAGAUGGUGUCCAUCGGAUCAACCAUGGAUCUUUUUCUGUUCUACAUAGACUAAUCCACGAUCGCGAGUUACAGUUGUAUGAUGGAACGCGACUUUUGCAACAAGACAGGUAUGAAGAAGUAAAAAAUGUCACAGGCAAAACAGAUGAUGACAUGAAUGAAAGCAAAAUUUUUCCCAUUCAUCCUUCUUUUCGGAUCAUUGCGUUAGCAGAACCUCCGGUGAUUGGCAGCAGCAAACAACAAUGGCUUACCCCAGAAAUCCUGACUAUGUUCCUCUAUCAUAACAUCCGCCUUCAUUCUUUGGCAGAGGAAGAACAAGUAUUGAAGAAUUUGGUACCAAAUUGCCCGGAUAUGACCAAACUAUUGGAUUUUGUUCAGAAACUUCGAGCUUCUUCAGAUUCUACUGUGUCUUCCCUGGCUUCAUCAUUAUCAACUCGACAACUUCUGAGGAUUGCUCGUCGACAGGCUGUGUUCCCCAGUGAAGACCUUGGCUCGGUCAUUGAGAAGUCAUGCUUGGCAAGGUUUCUCCCCAAAAUUGCUCGUUCAGCACUGGAUCAAUGUUUGGAAGAAUCUGGAAUUGAAAAAACAGGUGGAGAUUUGAUUGAAGAUGUGGAAAAAGCCAGAAUUUGUGAAGUGAAAGAUGGAAUGGUCAAAAUUCGUGAUACCUCAGUUCCUGUUUUCAAGCCCAAAAACUUUACCAAGGUUCCAAACAUUCUCUUUUAUGAAAAUCCUCAGCAUUUGGCUGUGAUGGAGGAUAUGCUUAAAGAUUACUCCCUUGGGGAGCAUUUAUUGUUGGUUGGUAAUCAAGGUGUUGGCAAAAACAAAAUUGUUGACCGCUUUCUUCAGUUGCUUAACCGACCCCGUGAAUAUUUGCAGCUGCAUCGUGAUACAACUGUACAGACAUUGACUUUACAACCCACAGUUCAGGGCGGAGUAAUAACAUAUGAAGAUUCACCCUUGGUGCGAGCUGUGAAAGAAGGUAAUGUUUUAGUGAUUGACGAAGCUGACAAAGCGCCAACUCAAGUUACGUGCAUUCUUAAAACUCUUGUUGAAUCUGGUGAAAUGCACAUGGCUGAUGGACGCCGCAUUGUUUCAGCAAAUUCUGCCCUCCCAUCUUCUUCCAACAUGAUUGUUACUCACCCAGACUUUCGUAUGAUUGUUCUGGCCAACAGACCCGGCUUCCCCUUUUUGGGAAAUGACUUCUUUGGUGCUAUGGGUGAUAUUUUUAGUUGUCAUGCCAUAGACAAUCCAGAUGCUGACUCUGAAAUGGCCAUGUUACGACAGUAUGGUCCUGACGUUCCAGAUAUGACACUUAAGAAACUAGUGAUGGCAUUUGGAGAAUUGAGGGACAUGGCUGACCAAGGACUCAUUGCUUACCCUUAUUCCACCCGAGAAGUUGUCAAUAUGGUGAAACAUUUACAGAAAUUCCCUCAAGAAGGAUUGACAACAAUUGUGAAAAAUGUUUUUGACUUUGAUUCUUACAACAACGAACUGCGGGAAACAAUUAUUGAUGUCAUGAAAAAGCAUGGUAUUCCACUUGGGGCUCAUCACGCCAAUGUGCACCUAAGCAAAGAAUUUCCAUUGGAUGAAUUCCGGAAGGUUGGACAUUGGGAAGUCGACCCUCUUUCUUCUCGUAAACGAGGUGAUAUUUUCAGCUGUCCUGUACUGACAAAGUCUCUUCAAAUCAAGGGUCCUGUCCAAUUUCCACAGGAAAGAGUCACUGUCGACCGUUAUGAAGCAAGAUCUUCAAUGUUUACGGAGCUAGAGUCACAAUGGCUACUUCCACUUGAAGAAGGAAAUGUUGUUUCAGAUUUGGCUGUUACAAAAAGUGUGCAGCAUUAUGAAACAAAGGUUGAUAUGAUCCAUGUUGCCACCUCAAAUCCGAUUGCUGUGUACACUAUGAGUGAAAAAUCUCCUACAGCCACUUUGAUUGACCUUUACAAUUUGUUCCCAUCUGUUGGAAUGUCCUAUCGACCCAAAGUGAGACUUGUCUCAUUGUUAUCUCCCUUGGAUGACACCAUUAUCCUCCAUGAAGCUUAUACCAAUGCUGUGAUGAGUAUUAACUAUAACACUGGUGAAGUGGCUCGCCUGAUGUCUGCAUUCUUACCAGAGGUGGUAGUUGAAAGGAGACAGUUUCUACGUUAUGGUGCCAAAACAAAAACUGCGAAGGAUUUUGUGAUGUUAGCACCAACAAUUCCUGGUACAAACAUUGUCACCUUUUUUGAAAAGCAAGGUGACUCUGUCGUUCUUUUUGACACCAUUCAGGGCCUCAGCCAUCAAAUUACAGUCCCUAUUAACAUUUGCACAAUGAAUUUGGUCGAUACAAACAAAUGGAUUCUUACAGAUUCAGAAUCAAACCAAAAAUACACCUUCAUCUGGUCAGAUAUGGAGACCUUCCUACUUCAACCGAUUCAUGAACAAAAUGUGGUUAUUGAGAAUCAAAUCAAUCAGGUAUCAACACGUUCACUUGAUGACAGUACAUUGAACAAAGCUCUUCAGCAACAGAUCAGUUGCCCAAAUCGACUCCUGGUUACCCCAAAGACUGAUGCUGUCAUUAUUCUUGGCUAUCCAGAACUUGAGGUACAUUUUACUUUUAAUCCUUCUAUUACAGCAAAAAAAGAUCUCCACCUACAGCAGAUUGGGAAACUCACUGACUUAAAAAUUUUAUGGCCAAGUUACUGA